AUUGCGUGACGCAAGCUGGUAUCUGUUCGCUGCGUUCUGCAUGGAUGUGUCAACACAUUUUACAAAGAAAAACAUUAACAAACAGCAAUAAUGCCUAUUAUUUAAAGGCUUUACAACUGAUUAUAAUGUUAAAUAAAAACUGUAAAAUCCUUUCCAGUUGUACCCAAAACAGUGCAAAGCAUGUUUACGUUUUUUGCAUACAGGCGGUCCCCGAGAUACAUGGUACCUCUUAGGCCGCAAAUACACGACGCGCGUUUUCCGCGCCCGCGUUCAAACGCGUAUAACAGUAGAACAGUUCCGCAGAGAUGUCCACCAUGAACAUUUCUGCGUUUCCGCGGUAGCGCGUUCGAAUGACAUUUCAUCAUUGUUUACAUUUUGGCCGGUAAAACGUUGUUUGUUGUAUUUGCGUGAAAUUUACGAUAAAAACACAAAAAUGGAUUAUAUGCCGGACAAAAAAAAGAGGAAGAAGAACAUCCAUAUGAGUGAGGAAAUUACUCUUGUGUUUGUAGACCUUGUGUUCCGGCAUGAAGCCAUUUGGAACCGGAAACACAAGGAUUACAAAGAUAUUAAUCGUCGGAACGACGAUUGGUGCAGCAUAGCUGACCAAGUGGGAUUGCCAGUCAAUGUGUUGAAGGACAAGUGGGCAUCACUCCAGUCUACAUAUAGAAAGUGCCGAUCAACAUACAACAAGAGUCUGGUAACUGGUUCUGGAGCUGAUGAAGUUGACAACCCCACUUGGUUUGCCUAUAGUGCGAUGCGGUUUCUCGAUGGAACAACCGAUUGUGGUAAAACGUUGAAUACCGUAAGUAAAUAUAUACAUUCGGUCCGCGUUGGUUGAACUUUGAUAUCAUCUCAAUAAUUUUAUUUGUGUUUUUGUAUGGAAAAAGCACAAGUUUAAUAGUUGACAUGCAAUCUAAGUUCUAUCAGCGAGUUCAAACUAUUUAUGUUUUAUUUUAUGUCUAUGGUUAUAUUAUUCUAUAAGCUCUUCACAUCAUUUAAACGAACGUAUUACCGAUA